GUCGGAUCACAAAAUUAGCCAGCGCCGUAGUUGCAAUGACUAAUUCACCCCGAGGAUUUUAUGAAUUUUCUUUCACUUUCAUUUUGGAUAAAAUAAAUAAAAGAUCAAAUUGAAAUCUUAAGGACGUUUCUGUCGAACACAGAAACAAAAACCAAAGGCACACUUCUGAACUCUGCUCAGAUAUUUCAUGACUCAUUGAGUAGAAGGAGCCAAGAAGAAACUGCCACUCAAUUUCGGUGGGAUUUAAAGCAAUUAUGGCAUAUUUUCUUGCAAUGAAGAUGUGCCCACUUGCCAUUUAUAAUUCAGUUGGACAUAUUAGCAAAUUUGAUAGACUGCAAUUCAGGUGUCACGCUAUGUUCUCAUCCGAAGAAGCAUCAUCUCGUCGCCAGUUUGUCAUAGGAUGUAGCACCAUUUAUUCAUGUGCAUUUCUCAACCUGAACUGCAAGUUAGUCGAGUUGCCUGCUUGGGCAGGGGAGGAAUCAAAUGCCUUGGAUGAUAAUAAUGAUGGAGUGCUCGGGGCUAUGAAGUCCUUGUUCGAUCCUAAUGAGAAGACAAAAUCUGGAAAAGUUUUGCCAAAGGCUUACUUGAAAUCAGCGAGAGAGGUGUUGAAGACACUGCGUGAAUCAUUAAAGGAAGAUUCGAAGGAUAUUGCUAAAUUUAGACGAACGGCUGAUGCAGCAAAGGAGUCGAUUAGAGAAUAUCUGAAUGGUUGGAGAGGGCAAAAGACAGUUGUCAACGAGGAAUCAUAUGUUGUGCUCGAGAAGGCCAUUAGAUCUCUUGCCAGCUUCUACUCGAAGGCAGGGCCAUCUGCUACCCUUCCAGAGGAGAUUAAGUCUGAAAUCUUAAGCGACUUAAACAAAGCAGAAGAACUUUUGUAGAAUGAGUAUCUUUCUUCACUUGUUUAAAUGCAUCAAGUGCCACCAGACUACUUGUUGAUGACCACUUUCAUUUAAUCAGUGUAUAAUCAGUCGGUCUCUAGUACUUCUGUGUUAUUGUGUACCACAAAAAUAUAUGAAUUUUUUUUUUGCGGAAUAUAAAUUAUUGCAGUUGAACUUUUA